AUGGUGAGCACCGCGCAGGCGCAGCUGCUCGGCCACUCCGACCGAAAGCCAGUGCUCCGAGGAAAGCACCUGGCCACGCCGGCGCUCCUUGAAGGGUGGCACGCCACGGCAUCCGUGGCGGCCAUGACUAUAACCGGAGCUGUGCCUCCUCGCUUUGCAGUUCGAGAAUGGAGAAGGUCAUAUGAGAAUGCGAGUGGAACGGAGCACGCAUAUAUAGACGGUUCGAUCAUUGGUCUCAUCGGACACAGGGAGAAAAAUGAUGAGUAUAACCAUGGCGAUUUUUCACUCUCUCUCAGGGGUAGGCUGGCGCUCUCGCAAGGAAGGAAAGAGAUCGCGCACAUUUGUCUCCUCCUCCCCCGAUCUUUACGCUCCCGUAGAGAGCGGCGACAACAGCGGCGGCCCGGGGAGCUCGCCAGCCAUGGCGGCGCGGCAGCUCUGCUCGCCGGCCAAGCGUACAGCGGAUUGGAUCCCGCGCGCUUUGCCGUCGAACGAGGCCUCUGCGUCCGCGCGCGCCCGACAGUUCGUCCGGUGGGGAGGGACUCGCCGGCCACCGCGGCUUUAGGGGACGGCGGGGACGGCCACACACGCGAGCGGCGGCGCGACCCUUUCGAGGUGACGGAGGCGUGCAAGACACGACGGCCAUGCGACGCACACGUCCAUAAGCAGGAAGAAAGGGGCCGGAUCGAUUCAUCCCGCACGGUGGCUCGAGGGACAGCGUCGUCGCAGCACCGACGUCCGCGCGCGGCGUCGGCCGUGCGGACCCCGGAGGGUGGGGACAUCGAUGCGGCGUCAUAUGGCACAGUGGAGCUCAUGAUCUCCAGUGGCGAGGAUGAGCAGCAACAGUGGCACCGUGAUGAUGUAGUAGUGGAGAGGCAGCAGCUCAUCCAGGAGCUUCGCCGGUGGCAGCGGGAAGCCGCCGACACAGCCUUGCGGUGGCCGGCGAUGGAAACGGCCUUCCCAUUGCUUCAGCACACCCCUAGAUCGGUAGGGUUUGCGGGAAUUAAGGGCUGGAUAUCAUGUACGUGAACUCACUCGUCAUAGGUAUCCAGGCCCUACCCUUUAUAUGUGUGAUGGCAACAGGGGACCAAAACCAUCUGUCGGUUAGAGGUGCCCCCAAUCAGGGCGAUUCUGUUGGGGUCACAGCCACCUACGUUGGUUCGUGGCCCAUCCCCUUAACGUUACUUUUUACCUGGUCAGAGCCGAGAUCAACCAACAGUCCCCACUAGAAUAAUCAUCAGUAGAAGAUCCUCCGCCACCCAUAAAGAAAUGAAAAUCUUCGUCAUCCUGGCGUGAAGGAAUAAAUAACACAAGUAUGUGGAGGGACUUAAUGACAGGAUUAAAUUGACAGCAUCAAGCAAA